AUGACAGACCCUCAGGCAUGUGCUGGCCAGGGGAAGCCCAGCCUGUCCUUUUCCAUUGAGGAAAUCUUAAAGAAACCUUCUGCCAGCACUGCCCUGAGCAGUGAAACCAGGAACAGAAGUAACCACGCUGAGAGACCUCCAGCCCUAAAAGCAGGGUCAGCACUGGCCUUUGAUUCCACCAGCAGGAGUCAGUUAGACUGUGAGUUACCUUCAGCCAAGAUGCUUCUCCCUGCCAUGUGUGCUACACCCACGGUCGGGGCAAAGAAAGGGCAGGCAGCUCACUGCAGGAGACCUAGUGACAGCUCAGCUUCCCUCCUAAGUGAGGACACAGGACAUAAACACUUGGAAGGCAAAAAAAAACAUGAGGAAGAGGAAGAUCGGCUGUGCAGUUUCCCAGUGGACCAUCCACCUCACGUUGAAAGGAAAGGGAAACGGAGAAUUCGGACAACGUUCACAGCAGAGCAGCUCCAGGAACUGGAGAAGAUUUUCCAGGUGACUCACUAUCCGGAUAUCCAUGUUCGCAAUCAACUGGCGGCAAAGAUAAACCUCCCAGAAGCCAGAGUUCAGAUCUGGUUCCAGAACCAGCGAGCAAAGUGGAGGAAACAUGAAAAAUUUGGCAACUUUGGUGGCCUUCAGCGUCUGACAGAAGCUGACUUCAUUCCUGCUCCCAAGUCAGAUAUCACAGCUCCUAGCUUGAUGCCAAGAAAGCUCACUGCUACCAUCCCUGCCGUGGGAUACUGCUCACCGCUGCAAGGGCAGCUGACAACUGCCUGGCUCCCCAGCACGUUCUCCUUCGUCCCCCACCACUUGGAGCUGCUGCCUUUCCCAAAACCGUACUUGCUCUUCAAUGUCCUCCCCUCUUACGGCACACCACUACCCCACAAUUUGGAAAGGAGCAGUAUCUGCGCCAGCUCCACAUAGAGGAGGAUAUGGGGGAGUGGAAGACUUUGGGGGCAUGCUUUUCUCACUUGUGAGUAUUUUGGGAGUGUGCAGUUCCUCUCCUCAAACAAGCCUCCUGGGAGGAUGGGUGGUCUGUGGUGUGAGGUCAUCUUGCUGCAGGAGUGCCACCACAAGUCACCGCAGCCUGGCAAACAUGGGCAAGAGUCACCACGGACCAGGAAGGAGCUCUCCAUCUGCCCAAGGAGCAGCAUGUUCUGUAGAAACCCAACAGACCAACUAAGAUCCUCUCCCUGGGAGGAUGGAGCACCCAACAGCCCUGCAAAAGCACUAGGGGUUUACUCAGCCCUGAGGCAACGCUGGAUGACCCUAUUGAGCUGGUGGCCUGGGCCAGGCAAGAUGCCUGCAGUGAGGUGUGUGUAGCCCCAAGGUACAGCCAAAAAGGUCUUUCCUCUGCAGGUUUAGGUCGCUUUCCUCAUACAUUCUGGUCCUCAUGUGCUGCGGGGUGCAAAGCACAUGUUUAGGUCAAAAAAAUCAGACUUUGAAGAUACUCUUUUUCCCAAGUAGUCAAUGAGAGAGGGGGUUGGGUUUGAUAUGUUGUCUGUGGUUUUGAGUUGAAUAAAGGGGCAGAAAUACAAUUUGAGCUGAAAUACAAAAGUCUGAAAGGGGUAGCAGUGCUGAGUCCUGGAUUUGGUAUCAUGGGUCUCUGGGGGAAAGAGAAUUCUUCAUCUGGUUAAUUAAAAUGCUUAUGAGGAAGCCUCUCAUUUUUUGACCUGAAUUAAGAACACUCAAAAACCCCACCAGAAACAAUAAUGAAAAGAGACAGCCUGAGUUUAAUCUGCAAGAGAUAAUAGGAUGGUAUGACCCCACAGUUGAGUUUAAUUGUAGAUCAAUAAUGAGAUCCGCUUGCCCACUUACAAAA